AAAAAACCUUUGCAUUCACUUCACCUCUCUCCCUCUCUCUCGGCAAAAAUGGAGGGCUUUGAUUUCUUCACCAAACGCUUCUUCCUUCUCAUGAUCACAGCCUUAUGUUUAUCAUCUUUUGUUCUCAGUCUCCAGUUGGGAGAGACAUGUAGUGCCAGCAGCCGAUGCGACGCCGGUUUAAGUUGCCAGAGCUGUCCGGUUAACGGUAAUACCGGGUCUACUUGUUCCCGGAUCCAACCUCUAAACCCGACUUCCAAGGUGAAUGGUUUGCCGUUUAACAAAUACUCAUGGCUAACAACACACAAUUCUUACUCAAUCACGAGUGCAAGAUCAACAAUUGGCUCCUUCAUCAUAUCUCCAAGGAAUCAAGAAGACUCCAUAACCAAUCAGCUUAAGAAUGGUGUGAGAGGGAUUAUGCUCGAUGUAUAUGACUAUCGGAACGAUAUAUGGUUGUGUCAUUCAGCAGGAGGGACUUGCUAUAACUUUACAGCCUUUCAACCAGCUGUUAAUGCACUCAAAGAGAUCAAUGUCUUUCUUGAAUCAAACUUAUCUGAAAUUGUUACAAUCAUCCUAGAAGAUUAUGUUAAAUCUCCACGGGGCUUGAGUAAGGUGUUCAAAGCAUCUGGAUUAAGUAAGUUCUUGCUCCCGGUUUCAAGAAUGCCUAAAGACGGUAAGGACUGGCCAACGGUAGAUGAAAUGGUUAAGCAAAACCAAAGACUUGUGGUUUUCACUUCCAAGAAGGGUAAAGAAGCUGAAGGUUUUGCUCACCAGUGGAAUUACAUGGUUGAAAAUCAAUAUGGUAAUGAUGGAAUGAUUGAUGGAUCAUGCUCGAAUCGAAAUGAGUCUUCUCCAUUGGAUACAAAGUCUCGUUCUUUGGUACUACAAAACUAUUUUAUAACCAAUCCUAAUGCAACGAAAGCUUGCGCGGAUAAUUCAUCACCGUUGAUGAAAAUGAUGACAACUUGUUAUGAAGCAGCUGGUAAAAGGUGGCCUAACUUCAUUGCGGUUGAUUAUUACCAGAGGAGUGAUGGUGAAGGAGCUGCAGAUGCUGUAGAUGCAGCAAACGGUCGUCUCACAUGUGGUUGUGAUAGUUUAAGCCUUUGCAAGUCAAACGCAACUUUUGGAACGUGUGAUGCUCCUCCUCCUAAGGCGGCUCCAAGACCAGCAGCAGGAGGAGAUUCGAGUGAUCUUCCUUCGGGUAGUGAUGUUACUAGAGCAACUGGAUUGUCAUCUCUUGUUAUGAUCUCUGUGGCGACUCUCUUGUUGUGGUGGUAGUUUGUUAUUGAGCUAAUAUUUGUUUUAAUGGCACAAAAAUUAUUUAAUUUUCCGACAUGAAAUGAAUAUUGUUAUGUAACGUGAAAAACAAACUGAGGUGUGUUGUUGAUUAUAAGUCUUCUGAUAUAAUGUUGUUUUGUAAAAAAAAGUUAAUGGACUUAUAAAGUGGCAAAGCUGUG